AUGGGCAAGGGGCGUGGUCGCCGAGCUGGCGGCUUGCGCGGUGCGAGUAGCAAAGAUGCAAUGCAAAUGCACGAAGAUGUUUUGCAAGAUGAUGUAGAUGCUUUUCAUGCGUCUCGCGAUAAGAUUUUGUUGGAUGAGGAGCAAGACCAAGACGAUGAUGAAUACGACUUAGCAGGUGAUCAUCAGGAGGUGCUUGGUUUUGAGCCAGACACGGAUGAAGCCGAUAGAGAAAAUGAGGAGGAAGAAUGGAAGAAUGAGAACGAUGAGGAUGACGAAGAGGAUGAUGGCGAUCUCGACCGAUACCAAAACAUGAUUCUACCAGCGUCCUUGGAUGAAGACUCUCUUUUUCGACGCGCAGCACGAGAUGAAGCACAUCAUGAGCAAGAAGAAGCUUCAGACGAUGAGGACCAAGAUGGUGGUCUUGGUUGGGGUCGAAACAAAUAUUCGUACUACAGCGGCAAUACCUUAGAGGGCUUUGACUCAGACUCGGAUAUGGAUGAGGAUAAGGCUCAUGAGCUGGAAACGAACGAAGCUAUUCGACUUCAGCGUCAGAGUCGCGCAGAAAUGAAAGAUGACGACUUUGGUCUAGAUGCUAUCCAUGCGGAAGAAGCACAGAUUGCUGCGGACGAGCAGAGUGAAGCUGCGCGUACCAAACGGCGACGUGAAUUGGAUGCAGCAGAAGCCGAUGAUGCUGAUGAGCUAGCGUCGAAGACCAAUGAUGAGCUUGUUUCUUUGCUCGAGCAUCGUUCACCCAUUGUUCUGGCUCUUAUCGAAGAGUUUCGCGACUCCUUGCAUCAGCUCAAGGAGGAGAGCGCGACUGUGGAAGCGAUUACUGAAGAGGGCGAGACGCAGCUCGCCGAAAUCGCUCAUCUCUAUAUCCAGUCGCUGUCCAACUACACCAUGCUGCUAUCGUUCUUCUUCCAACUUGCCUCGUCGCCACGUAUGCUUACCCAUCCCGAGUCUCUUCUUACACAUCCUGUCAUGGCUCGCCUCACUCAGUUCAAGCAUGCAAUGUUGGAGAUGAAAAACCUUGGUCUCUUCGAGCCUCGUGAAGAAACUGUCAACGAAAGCGUAGAUCGUGUGAUGGGCGCGCCUACAACGGAGGAUGCGGAGUAUGAAGAGUUGGGUGACUUGGAGCCCAAUGAAUUACAGGAAUUAUUGGCCGAUGCCAGGGAUGAGCCACGAUCGAAAGAGACUUCCAAAAAGAAAAAGAAGAGCAAGUCACAGCAAAGCGUAGAAGAGCCUGCACCAAAUGUGCUGGCUGACGUUGCUAGGGUCAAGGCCAGCGAUGCUGAGCCACGCCCAAAGACGCAUUCUUUGCCCUCGCUUCCUGAGUAUGACGAUGCUUAUGGCGAGCCAACACUCAUGCACAGUGUGGAGCGGCAAGACAAAGCCCAGCGCCAACGAGCCGUCCAAUUCCAAGCAUCUGCGCUGGAUACAAAGCAGGCGAAUAAAAAGGCGGCACACCUCGAAGGUGAUGCCGAUAUCCCGUACCGUGAUAAGCGCCAAAUCCGCGAUGCUGUGGCAGCAGCCAAGUCGAAUCGCCUUUCUAAGUCACAAGAACCUAUCGCUGAAGAUGAAACAGCAUGGGGUGAUCAGGAUUGGGUCGAUGAUGACGCCGAAGACAAAGAUGGUGCUGAAUACUACGACCUCGUAUCAUCUCGCAAGCGCGCGCGCAAAGCGGCUCAAAAGGAAGAGCAUGAUCAGCAGCGCCUGGCAAGUCGUGUGUAUGAUGACGAGACGUUGGCGCCAGGUGAUCACCGCGCCAUUGAUUAUGCGAUUGAUAAGAACAAGGGUCUGACUGCGAAUCGACCUAAGAGCAUACGCAACCCGCGUGUCAAGCGCCGUAUGCGCUACGACCGCGCCAAGAAGCGGCUCUCGAGUACACGAGCUGUCUACAAAGGUGGCCAAAGCGCUCUACAGGGCGGCUACGGCGGUGAGGCGUCAGGUAUUUCGACGCAUGUUGUCAAAAGUCGUAAGCUCGGUAGCUAG